AUGUCCCACCUGCAGCUCCCUGGCCGCCACCUCGAGCGCUUCGGUGGGCUCUCGCUCAUUUACUGGACGCUCAUGGGACCGUACGGGAUGGACCGGACCGCACAUUCCUUCGACUUCUACGACUGUGCCAACGGGCUGGGUAUAAAAGUAAUUGGUGGCAUCAAGGAACUCACUGGAGAAGAAUAUGGAGUUUAUGUGAAGAGGAUCCUUCCAGGGGGUGUUGCUUAUGCAGAUGGGCGCCUGCAGCCAGGAGACCAGAUCCUGGAGGUCAAUGGAGAGUCCCUAAUUGGGGUUACGAGCGAGAGGGCUGUGGACAUCCUGAGGACAGCAUCAGCCACCAGCCACAUGCACCUCCUGGUAGCCCGCGACGACGACGCCAGGAGAGAGUUUGCUGAGCUGCUGGAGAAGUUUGGCUCCCAGAGCAACACGGGCUCAGCGCGGAGCUCCCCGGUCCUGCACGGUGGCAGUCGGUACCUGGAAAGCACGUCCUCGGGCUCGUCCUCCCGCUCCCAGAGCCCCCUGCUGCUCAGCCCCGCCAGCUCCCACGGGCCCUGCCUCGGGAACCCCCCGCACCCCCCGCACGCACACUACUCCAUUGAUUCAGGAAUCCAGAGCAUUUCUAUAGCAAAAUCCUCUGGCUUAGGGCUGACCAUCAGUGGUGGAUCCAACAGGCCUGAUGGCCCCAUGAUUUACGUCCAAGAGCUUGUGCCAGAUGGUGACUGUUACAAGGAUGGUCGGCUCCGACCUGGUGACCAACUCAUUGCUAUCAAUAGAGAUUCUUUGGUGGGCAGCACGUAUGAAGAGGCCAGAAAAAUAAUUGCAAAAGCCAAAUUCAGACACGAGGGAAGCACAGAAGUGGCCUUUGUUCCUGGAAGGGGACGGUUACAUCCUGGCCUGUCAGUUCAUAACAACGUCCCAUCACCACCUCCCAGGGCUGUGGGAAACGGCCUGAGCUCCUGCAGACUGAAGGUCCACGUCAGGUCACCAGAGAGCAGGCAUGAAAAUCACUCUCCUGUGCCUUCUUUGUCACCAGACAUUUGCCCACCAGAGCUUACUGUCUCAGCACCUGCUUCAGCAUCUAAUCAUAAAGCAGCUUCAGGCACCAAACCAAAAGUAGCCCUGGAUCCCCAUAUCAGGAUCAAGGAUGGGAAACUGGAACUGGUUCUCCAGUAUCUUGGCCUGACUGUGAGCGAGGAGAAGAAGAGGCAGUUACGGCAAAGCCUGAGCACAGACUCGCAGGGGACAGUGGCCUAUGGAGAUCUUCUCCAAGCACUCAGGGACCUGAUGCCAGAGGAGCUGGACGAGGCUGGUCUGGAUUCCAGCUCCAUGCUCUUCACACAGCAUGAAGUGGCCAGUUUGCUGGAUACGUCGGCUUUUCACUCCCCGGCCUUUGACAAUCUCAACUGUAAUGGCAACGAGGAGCUGGAGCAGCUGCAGCUGGAAAUGAUGGAUCUACGGCAAGAAGUCCGAAGGCUAAAGUCUCUCCUGAAAGAGGUAGAGAACAGCAAGAAGUCAAUGGAAGAGGAGCUUCAGAGACUGAACCAGAAAGCCCUGGGAUUCCUGUCUGAGAACCGGACACUGCACAGCAAGCUGCAGAUGGCAGAGGUGGUGCAGAGACAGGCUCACAGUGCUGAGCAGGACUAUGAGGAAGUCAUCCACCUGCUGGAAGCUGAAAUUGCAGAACUGAAGAUGCAGCUGGCGGGGAAGAAAGCAAAACAUGUCUCUGAAAUAGAGGAGGACAUCUUGGAACUGAGAAGACAGUUGUCCCUGGCUGACGGCCAGUUACGGAAAUCAGAAGUCUCACGGAAGCGCCUGGAGAUCUGCAAUAGGAAACUGCUCCUGUUUGUGCAGAACGUCCACAAGGUCCUGAGCGUACCCAGUCAUUUACCAGAUGAGAAAAGAGCCAGCAGUGAAACAGAAGAGGAUAAAACAGAUGCAGUCUCAGACACAUCUCUUCCAUCUUCAGAUCUGGUUGACCUUUUGCUAUCAGAAGCUAAAGAGCUGUUAGCACCAAUCCUCUCCAAGAAGGAUGCUCUGCCACGUGACAGGGACCAGUGCCUGCCUGCUGAAGGAACCCCAAAUUACAAGGACCACCUUCAUCAGAAGACCACAUGGCCCCCUCCUGCAAGCCAGGCCAAGAGUGACCAACCACAGCCACCAAGUCCAACCAACGAGCUUCCCAAGAAGCCCACAUAGACCCCCCCCAUGGCUUGCUCCAAACUGGGGCUUGUCCAUAACAGCUGCUGCUGUGCUGGGAGAUGGGAAGGCCACACCAUGGGUGCUCCAGCUUCUAGACAAACCAGACUGAGAAACAAGACUUCUACCACAAGACUGACUCUUCCUAACCACCCAGGACAUUCUCAGCAACCUCCCCAGUGCGUCUACCUCCGAGUUACCACACAAGGCUACUUGCUUACGGUUUUGCAGCUUUAUAGGAAAAAUGUUCUCCAGGCUACAACGACCUGGAUUUCACUGGCAGCCUUCUAGAGCUUGUAUUCUGGGUAGUAAGAGGAGCAUGAACGUACCCAAGGGUCUCCAAGAGGUUCCUUUUGGUAUUUCAUAUGAAAAACCAAAGUAUAAUUAGCGACUGUAAUCGAAGCAGCUUCAUCUGUAGCAUCCUAGCUGUCUUGGGAUAGGUACUGCUCUUUUCAUUCUUUUUGUGUAGCUUAUCCCAGCUGCAAUGUUGGAAAUGGAAGGCACCAUCUCAGCUGGUUGUUGAAGGAGAGCAGAGGCAGCCAGCCCAGCUAGUGGUGACGACCCAUUGCUGAACACCAGCCACCCCCUGGAGUGCAGGAGAGGACACAGUGAAUGUAUUUCACUCUUUCAGGCCCAUGGUGUCACCUGGAACCUAGA